AUGGCAGGGGUCGAUGGAGAUACAUUUCCUGUUCAUACUAAGGACCAUGAAUCCAAACUUUCAAUCAAAGAUGAUGAUGAGACAGAAGUGGAUGAUUCACCUAUAGAACAGGUGAGACUAACAGUGUCAAUAACAGACGACCCUUCGCAACCAGCACUUACAUUUAGGACAUGGGUUAUUGGUUUGGGAUGUUGCAUUGUCCUUUCCUUUGUAAACCAAUUCUUUGGGUACAGAACCACCCCUCUAUAUGUCUCUACUGUGGCAGCACAGAUUGUUUCUCUCCCAAUUGGAAAAUUAAUGGCUGCAUCCCUUCCUACCACAAUAUAUAAAUUUCCCUUCCUCAAUUGGUCUUUCACAUUGAAUCCUGGACCAUUCAAUUUGAAGGAACAUGCCCUCAUUACCAUCCUUGCUUCUUGUGGAUCUGGUCCUUAUGCCAUUAACAUUAUCGUCAUUGUUAAGGCUUUUUACCACAGAAGUAUCAAUCCGGUUGCUGCUAUUUUGCUAGCACUGACAACUCAGAUGCUUGGUUAUGGAUGGGCUGGUAUUUUCAGAAAGUUCCUUGUGGACUCUCCCUACAUGUGGUGGCCUUCAAAUCUUGUUCAGGUGUCUCUAUUCAGGGCAUUUCAUGACAAAGAAAUUAGGCCUAAAGGAGGAAACACAAGGCUGCAAUUCUUUCUCCUGGUCUUUAUUGCUAGUUUUACAUAUUACACUAUUCCAGGCUACUUGUUCCCAUCAUUGUCAACCAUCUCUAUUGUUUGUUUGAUAUGGAAAAACUCUGUCACUGCUCAGCAGAUUGGUUCAGGAAUGAAGGGUCUCGGUAUUGGUUCAUUUACCCUUGAUUGGAAUACUGUUGCUGGUUUCCUAGGAAGUCCUUUGCCUGUUCCUGGUUUUGCCAUCAUCAACCAGCUUGCUGGAUUUUUCAUAUUUCUCUAUAUUGUGGUUCCCAUUACCUAUUGGAACAAUUUUUAUGAAGCCAAAAAAUUCCCUUUCAUCAGUCCUCACACAUUUGAUUCCACUGGUGCAGUAUAUAAUGUAAGCAGGGUUCUUAAUUCAACAACCUUUGACAUUGAUUUGGAUAGUUAUAACAAUUACAGCAAACUCUAUCUUAGUGUCAUAUUUGCAUUUGACUAUGGAUUGAGCUUUGCAACUCUCACUGCCACCGCUUCCCAUGUUUUCCUCUUCCACGGAAAAGAGAUUCUUCUGAUGUGGAGGAAGACAACAGCCGCACUAAAAGAUAAAGCCGGAGACGUGCAUACCAGAAUCAUGAAGAAAAACUACGCACAAGUCCCUGAGUGGUGGUUCAUGUCAAUUUUAGCCCUUAUGAUUAUUCUGUCCUUGGUAUGCUGUGAAGGCUUUGGCAAGCAGCUCCAACUUCCAUGGUGGGGAUUCUUACUUUCCUUAGUAAUUGCAUUGGUUUUCACUUUGCCAAUUGGUGUCAUUCAAGCAACAACAAACCUGCAACCUGGUUUAAAUGUGAUCACAGAGUUGAUCAUUGGGUUCCUUUACCCCGGAAAGCCUCUUGCUAAUGUAACCUUCAAGACUUACGGAUACAUCAGCAUGGUGCAGGCACUUACUUUUAUCGGCGACUUCAAAUUAGGCCACUACAUGAAAAUUCCUCCGAGAUCUAUGUUCGUAGCACAGUUGGUAGGAACUGUGGUUGGUACAUGUGUAAACUUUGGCACAGCAUGGUGGCUUCUAACAAGUAUUCCAAACAUAUGUAACCCAGAUUUGUUGCCAGAAGGUAGUCCUUGGACUUGUCCCGGCGAUGAUGUGUUUUACAAUGCUUCAAUCAUAUGGGGAGUAAUAGGACCACAGAGAAUGUUCACCAAGGACGGAAUUUACCCUGGAAUGAAUUGGUUUUUCCUCAUCGGUUUACUUGCGCCUGUUCCGGUUUGGUUCCUAGCUCGCAAAUACCCAAACCACAAGUGGAUUAGACUCAUCCACCUGCCACUUAUCUUUUCAGGUGGCGGGAAUAUACCACCAGCUAGAGCAGUGAAUGUUCUUUCUUGGGGAGUUGUUGGAAUUUUCUUUAAUUUCUAUAUUUACCAUAAGUACAAGACAUGGUGGGCUAGACACACUUACAUUCUCUCAGCUUCUCUGGAAGCUGGUAUUGCUUUCAUGGGUGUGUUACUCUUUUUUGCGCUUCAAAAUUACGAUAUCAUUGGUCCAGAAUGGUGGGGCCUUGAUGGAAGUGAUCACUGCCCCUUGGCUGUCUGUCCUACAGCUCCUGGUAUAAAAGCCAAGGGAUGUCCUACCUUUUAA